GAAAGAGGGAGCUGGUGGGCCGAGAUAGAGCGAGAGAGGGGGAAGAGAAAGGGGGUAGGAGGAGAGAUCCUGCGAGCACAGGCGGCACAUGUUGUGAGUGAGGGGUACCAUGCUGAUACUGCUGCUGCUACUGCUGCUACUGCGGGUGCUACGGGCGCUGCUGUGGCCGUGAUUAGGGACGAAGAGAGGGAAGCGGGGAUGCCGGGCCCGACAGCUCUGUGACUGCACCUGUACUCCGACAGCUCCUUCAACCCGUGUGCUUCCACACAGGCAUCUGGCCAUCGUGGAAGAGUCAUCUCCAGAGGACAUUUUCCACUGCUCACUGAAAGUGGCCUCCUGCAGAGGGAGCAUUGGAGAAACCCCUCUGUACAGCAUCGGGCCCACUCGGUCACGCUGGCCUGAGGCCUCAGAAGGGGGGCCGCACUAAACGGCACCAGGGGCCGCCAGUGGCCCUGCGAGGCCUUGCAAUGGAGAGCACCGCUUCAUCAAUGCUGACGAGACAUCUUGAAGGAGGAGGAGGAGGAGGAGGCAGGAGGAUGGCGGCUUCCCCGACGCGGCGCCCGUCCCAUCCUCCUCCGCUGCUCCGCCUGCUGGGGCUGCUCUCGUGUGCCUCCACGUGGUGCACCACCACCACCGCUCCCCAGGGCUGCCCGAGCCGCUGCGUCUGCCAGAGCCUCUUCCCGUCGCUGGGCACGCUGUGCACCCGCCGUGGCCUACUCUUCGUGCCGCCCGAUGUGGACCGGCGCACCGUGGAGCUCCACCUCGCCGACAACUUCGUGUCGGAGGUGGGCACCCAGGACUUCUCCAACAUGACCGACCUCGUCGACCUGACGCUGUCGCGCAACCAGAUCUCGGCGGUGGCGCCUUACUCCUUCGGCGACCUGGCGCAGCUCAGCUCGCUGCACCUCGACGGCAACCGCCUGACGGCGCUGCUCGCCGAUCACCUGCGGGGCCUCUUCAGCCUGCGACGGCUGCGCGUCAACAACAACCAGCUGGCGACGGUGGCCGACGCCGCGUUCCAGGACUUCGUGGAGACCCUCGAAGACCUCGACCUCUCCUACAACAACCUGGAGGGCGUGCCCUGGGCGGCCCUCCAGAGCAUGGUGAACCUGCACACGCUCAGCCUCGAGCACAACCUCAUCUCGUCCGUGUCCGCCGGCGCCUUCGACCGGAUGCCCAAGCUGUCGCGCCUCGACCUCACGUCGAACAAGCUGCGCGGCGUGCCGCCCGACCCCGCGUUCACGCACCCCGACGCGGCGCUCGUGCUGGCGCUCGGGGGCAACCCGCUGCACUGCAACUGCGAGCUCCUGUGGCUGCGUCGGCGGCUGCUCGACGGCGACCUCGAGACGUGCGCCUCGCCCCGCCGGCUCCUCGGACGCUACGUGCUGUCGGUGCCCGAGGGCGACUUCGCCUGCUCGCCGCCCGUCAUCACGCGCCACACGCUCAAGCAGUCGGUGCUCGAGGGCGAGGCGACGUCGCUGCGCUGCGACGCCAGCGGCGACCCGAGGCCCGCCGUGGAGUGGGUGUCGCCGAGCGGGCGCCGAGUCGCCCGCGGGCCGCACGCCUCCGUGUCGCCCGUCGACGGCGCGCUGCGCAUUGCCGUGACGGCGGCCGGCGACGACGGCACCUUCACGUGCGUGGCCACGAACGCGGCGGGCCACGCCACGGCCUACGUGGACCUCAAGGUCAUCAACCUCCCGCACCCCGGCGUCGGCGACGGCGGCGGCGGCGACGGUGCUGCCCGCGCCGGCAACGGGGACAGGGGGGGGGACGAGGGAAGCGAGGAGGGGAAGGGCCGCGCCUCGGGAGGAGGGAAGCCCGCCGGAUCCUCCGACAUCGCCGCGCCGCCCGGCGGAGAUGCGGCGCAGGCCGUGGCGGUGAGCGACGUCAUGCCGGCAUCCGUGCUCGUGACGUGGACGCACGGCGAUGAGCUGCGCGGACUCAAGAUGUUCCAGAUCCAGUACAACUGCAGCACGGACGACUCGCUCGUGUACCGGAUGAUCCCGGCCACGAGCAAGCGCUUCCGCGUGUCGCAGCUGGUGGGCGGCUCGGACUACGACCUGUGCGUGCUGGCGCUGUGCGCCCGGGCCGGCGCGCCCUCGGCCUCCACGCGGGCCCUGGGCUGCGUGCGCUUCUCCACGCCGGCGCCCGUCCGCUCCGGCGCCGACGACGCCGACUGCUCGGGGGCGCUAACGGGGGCGCACGCGGGCGGCACCGUCGUGCUCGUCAUCGCGGCGCUCAUCGUCGCCUCGCUGCUCGCGUUCAUCGGCGUCUACGUGGCGCGCAACCGCGGCGCGCUGGGCCGGGCGGCGCGCGCCGACGGCUGCGGGCGGUGGUGCCCGGCCGCGCUGGAAGCGGCGGACAGCUGCCGCUGCCGCUGCUGCGGCAGCGGAAGCGGCAGCGGCCGCUCGCGCGACGUGGCCAAGAGCAACGGCGGGAUGGCGCAGUUCCCCGACGGGGGCGGGGGCGGCGGCGCCGCACCAGCAUCGCCGACCGCCUCCUACGAUCGCCGGCCGCUCCGGCACGACCGCCGGCGCGCGGACGAGGCGCCGGCGUACGAGUCCGCCGACUUUUUCGGCGGCACCCACGCGUGCUACGCGUCGAGCGUGAGCAGCCGCGGCUCACUGGGGUCGAGCGACGGGAGGUCGUCGGUGACGCCCGACAGCGUCUCGCUGAGCAGCGCGGGGCAGGCCGGGAACAAGACGGCGACGGCUGCGUCGCGCUCCGGCUCGAUCGCGACGGCCGGCGCGACCUGCGACUGCGGCGUUCGCUCCGAGAUCGACCGCCUGCUCGCCAACGCCUUCUUCUCCCCGGCGUCGCCGGCGUCGCCGGCGCCCCUCGGCGGCGCGCGCUUGGUGUCGGCGAGCGAUGACGGCGACUGCAGCACCGCCGACUCGCGCCAGUCGAGCCUCGUGCCGGGCUCGGAGCGGGCGCCGCUGCUGGGCGCGGCGUCCUACUCCGCCGGCGCGGCCGCUUCGUCGACGCUGUCGGCGUCGUCUCACGCCGGGCAGCGUCUGGCGCGGCUGCUCGGCCUGCAGUCGGCGGCGGCGGCGGCGGCGCCGCCGGCCGGCGCCGUCGCGGCGCUGCCGGCGGCGGGGGAGUUCCCGCGCGGACGCGCCAAGCGGAGCCAGUCGUUCGAGGCGCGCAGCAGGAAGCGCAAGAGCGACCCCGGCGACCUGACGGGCGGGGGCACGCUGCCGCGCAACGCCGACGGGGCGAAGAUGGCGGCGCGCCGAUCGCUGUGCCUGAGCUCGGAGUGGGUCAUGGAGAGCACCGUGUGA